AGUAAAGAAUACUUUCACUUUCAACGGUCUUCUGCAAAGCAGAACGAGCGCAUUUCUUCUUCAGCUCGUCUAACAGAAUAGCGGAAUACUUCACCGAGGGACGUUCGUUGUUAGAUGGAAAAUGGAGAUUUUAAUUGGUAUACUUAUUUCAUCAUUGUCUCUGUAUUGUGACUUCACCGAUGCUGAGUGCCUGGUGGUCAGUCCUGCCAGGCUGGUGGUGAAGCAUGGAGACCCCGCCUCCUCUAACUGCAGCUCAGAUACCCCUGUAGAGAUGGGCUGGGAAGUCACCCAGGGAGGGGUUGGUCUAACAGACAAGGAGGUGAAGAUCCUACGCUGGAAGGUGGACAGUGUGACUGACUGGAAGAUCAAACCUUCAUGCUUCACAGAAGGAGGCCAGUGUAAGAAACAGCUGGACAUCACAGUUUAUAAGCUUCCAGACCGUGUCUCCAUCAGCUACAGGAAGUACCCUGAUCCAAUGGUUGAGGGGCAUCGGUACCUGCUGCAGUGUCUUGUCCAGAACAUCGCUCCUAUUGGGAGACUCAGGGUGACCUUCGUCAAAGUCUCUACCACUGGUGAACAGACAGAAUUAGACACACCACAGAAAUCCAAGGACAACAUCACCACACCAGAGAAUGGGACCUACACCCUGGACUUCACCCCUGGUAGAGAUGAUGACGGGGCCCAGUUGUUGUGUUCAGCCAUGUUGGAUCUGGGACCAGAGGGACCCCAACCUCCUCCUGUAAUGAACUCAAACCGCCUCAACAUCAACGUGCACUACAAGCCUCAGAUCACUAUGAGUCCUGGAUGUUUCUCCAUGAGCAUCACGGAGGGUGACACACUAUCACUGAACUGUAGUGCAAAUGGUAACCCUGCCCCCUCGUACGAUUGGUUGCUCCCCCAAGCUGACCCCAACCCCAUGGAAGAGAGAUCCGUAGUGACCAUGACCAACAUUGCCAAGUCUCACUCUGGAGAGUACACCUGCAUCGCCAGAAACCCCCUGGGAAAAAGCACCUGUACUGUUAACGUGGAGGUCAAAGGAGCUUCCUGUCAGACUGCUGGAAGUGCCUUGGUGGCUGUGCUGCUCCUCCAACUCAUUCAUUGGCUUUAAGACCACUUCCUGAAUCCACUGAUUGGCUGAAUACAUGUGCUUUUCUUUUUUUUUCUUCGAAAUCCCUCCCACUGUGAUUGGUGGCUGUCUGUCCACUUUCUGCUGACUAUUGAUGAAUUAUUUGUAUUGAUUUAUUGAUUGAUAACCAUGACAACAAUACUUUGAUAAUAUUACCUUGUAACUUUAUGAUUUUGCCUUAAAUCAACAGUUUGGAUCCACCUACACAUUAAAGGGUUUUUCUUUAUUUGUA